CUGUCAGAAAAUGAGUUUGCUCAGCGCCGUCUGCGGUGUGAGGUGUCGGCGGAGCGCUGCUCGAGAAGCCUCGGCUAGCCUGUAGCGAGCAAACCCUCCGGCUAAAAGAGCGAUUCAGGGGCUGGAGAGAGCUCUUUUUUCGGCGACCGAGCCCGGCCAUGGACGAACAUGCAGGGCCCGGCGUGUUUUUCAACAACAACAACAACUCGCUGCUGCAGGCGGGAGUGAAAGGAGCGGCGGCCGAGAACGACGGCGGGGAGGCGGGCAGAGCCCAGUACAGCAUCCCGGGGAUCCUGCACUUCCUCCAGCACGAAUGGGCCCGUUUCGAGGUGGAGAGGGCGCAGUGGGAGGUCGAAAGGGCCGAAUUACAGGCUCAGGUUGCCUUCCUGCAUGGCGAGAGGAAGGGGCAGGAGAACCUGAAGAAGGACCUUGUGAGGAGGAUAAAGAUGCUGGAGUAUGCGCUGAAACAGGAGAGGGCAAAGUACCACAAGUUAAAAUAUGGAACAGAAUUGAAUCAAGGUGACAUGAAGCCACCGAGCUAUGACUCUGAUGAGGGGAAUGAGAAGGAGACUUCUGGCUCCCUUAACAAUCAGCUGUCUUGGAAGCAAGGCCGGCAGCUGCUCAGACAGUACCUGCAGGAGGUGGGCUAUACAGACACCAUUCUGGAUGUUAAGUCUCAGAGAGUGAAGGCCCUGUUGGGCUUGGCAGGUGACGGCUCAUGUGACCGGUCCAGUCAGGAGCCGCUGCUUAAUGGGACAGACACUGCACCCAAGGGAGCCAACACAGCAGGGAAAGUGGAGCUGUCUGACUCGAGCACAGUGCUGGAGGUGUUUAAAUUUAUUGAGAGCGCCGCAGCUGAAUUUAGCGAUGAAGACGAUGAAGAGGACAGUGAAGGGAAAGAAAAGUCCAUCAUCGAUUCUAGAACGAUUGUGAGGAAGAAGCCUUCGUCCUUUUCUCCUGCACAUGCAAGCGACGACCCCGACACAGAGGACGCUCUGAAGGGCUUCGACUUCCUGUCCAACCCUGAGGACAUGGACACCUCGCCUGAGUCCAGGAGCGCAGGGGAUGGCACAGACUGGGAGAAGGACAGGCAGGCCUGGGACGUGGACCAGAGCCUGAUAACCAAACUCAAGGAGCAAUACAGAAAGGAGCGCAAAGGCAAAAAGGGGGUGAAGAGGCCGAACCGCACUAAGCUUCAGGAUAUGUUGGCUAAUUUGCGGGACACUGAGGAGCCGGCUUCGCUGCAGCCGUCCAUCACGCCCCCGCCUAGGCCUAAUGCUAACCGCUUCAACGAACAUGACAGCAGCCAUGCUGAUGAAGUGGAGGCCAUCACCUUUCCCCCUUCCUCAGGCAAAGCCUUCAUCAUCGGGACGGAUGAGGCCAUGGAGACGGGAGAGCUGGGCCUGGGCGAACUAGCUGGGCUGACCGUUGCCAAUGAGGCUGAUAACCUCGCGUAUGAUAUCACUAAUAACAAGGAUGCUCUGCGGAAGACAUGGAACCCCAAGUUCACGCUGCGCAGCCACUUUGACAGUAUCCGCAGUCUGACGUUUCACCCUGUGGAACCCGUUCUCAUCACAGCCUCUGAAGAUCACACGCUGAAGAUGUGGAACCUGCAAAAAACGACCCCUGCAAAAAAGAAUGCGUCGUUGGAUGUGGAACCUAUUUAUACCUUCAGGGCUCAUAGGGGUGCUGUGCUGUGUGUGGUGAUGAGUAACACAGGAGAGCAGUGCUACAGCGGUGGAGAGGACGGCACCAUUCAGUGCUGGAACACACCCAGCCCCAAUAUCGACCCUUACGACUCCUACCAGCCAUCGGUCCUGCGCGGGGCGCUGUGCGGACACACAGACGCAGUGUGGGGGUUGGUUCACAGCAGUGCUCACCAGCGCCUCCUGUCCUGCUCGGCUGAUGGCACAGUGCGGUUGUGGAACGCUUCUAACCCUCAGGCAGCUCUUGCCAUUUUCAAUGAGAACAAGGAGUUAGGCCUGCCCUCUUCAGUAGAUCUGGUCUCCAGCGAGCCUGCCUACAUGGUGACUUCAUUCACCAGCGGACGAAUAGGCCUCUUCAACAUGGAGACCCGCCAGCUAGUCCUCAACCUGGAGUCCACUGUUGAGCCUGGUGCUUCCUGUCAGAUUAAUAAAGUUCUGAGUCACCCCACUCUCCCCAUCACAAUCACCGCUCAGGAGGACCGCCACAUCAAGUUCUUCGACAACAACACAGGAAAAUUGAUCCACUCCAUGGUGGCCCAUUUGGAUGCUGUUACAAGCCUUGCUGUGGAUCCAAAUGGACUGUAUUUGAUGUCUGGAAGCCACGACUGCUCCAUCAGGCUGUGGAACCUGGAGAACAAGACAUGCAUCCAGGAGUUCACGGCGCACCGUAAGAAGUUCGAUGAGUCUAUCCACGAUGUGGCGUUCCACCCGUCUAAGUGCUACAUCGCCAGCGCUGGAGCGGACUCCCUCGCUAAAGUCUUCGUAUGAGCAGGGAACGGCCUGCCUCACGCUAGCCCUGCCCACCAGAACGGACUGGCCAGUGGCAGAGAGCUGGCGUUUGGGCCAGGGUGGGUGGACGCCCUGCUCCCUAAUCUCCACUCCUCUCCUGUUUUUCAAAUGGUUCAGCUGAGAGGCUUUCUGAGACUGAUGAGACCGGACGGACCAUGGGGCGGUCUUUUUUGGACAACCAGAUGGGAGAGGGCACUGUCCAGGGUGAUUUGAUUCCCCAGUUACCUCCUCUACAACAGUCCAGGCAGGCCUGGGUGCUCGUGGCCUUCGUGCCGCAAAAUCAACUGUAAAGCAGACACUUCCAUAACCGGGAUCCAUAGCCAACCAUAGAGUGUACACAAAAAGAGUGAUGCUGGGGCCUAAGCACAUUUUGGGCCAGAAUGCUUUUGACCGGCUGUGGCUGUUGUGUAGAACUAGCAACACUUCUGUCUUUCCCAGUCUUCCCUCCUUCCCUACCCUUACAGCCCCAAGUGCUGCGUGCUCCUCAGUUUCUCCAAGUGCUGGUUAGCUUUUUGCUAAUCGUCAACUCCUCAGCUUCCUCUUCUGCUUAGGGCCGAGGAAUUCUGGCAAGGCAUGGAAAGAAAGGCUGGUUUCGGGCCGUCGUGGAGGAUUUUCUCUUCCACGCGCUGCUUCCGCAACAGUUGACCUUCUGCCUGCCUUUUGUUUUUUUGUUUUUUCUUUCCUUUUUAAAUGUUUAUUGACAAAUGUGCCUUUGCUUCAGAAAGGUCUUGAAAUGUUAUUUUACCAAGCUCUUUUUUUCUUUUCUUUUGUGAAGGGUUGGGAAAUGGACAAUAGGAAAAGAAUUCGGGCUGGGUAGGACAAUGUUGUCCAUUUUAACCGUAUAGUACAUUGGAUGUAUAAUUACAAUACGUAUUAAUAAACAAAUAUAUAUAAACAAAUUAUUAUAUAUAUUCACUCUUAAAUCUUAACAUUCAGUGGGACUUUCGAGUGCUCUUUUUUGAUACUUGUUGAUGUGUGCGUGGUAUGCAGUGAAUUGCAAUGCUGGCAGUUUUAGAAACCCUAAUAAGUGAACCUCUUUUGUUGUCCAUAAUUGUUGGAUACAGGUUAAAGCUGAAAGCAUAGAAUAUCUCAUAUCUCCAAAUAAAUCAAGGGUUGUCAACUCUAAAUGUUUUUCCUAGUGUUUUAUGGCACGAUUUUGUUUACUGCAGGCACACUCAGGGGAACGCUAUGGGUAAGGGAGUAUUUUGCUGAUGGCUUGGUCUCCUGAAAUUAAAACAUUUGGGACACAGUGGAAGCAUGGGAGAGAAAUGGCAGUCAUGUGGUAUUGGCCCACAGAUGACAUGCAUUUAAAUAAUAGUAGAAAUCAGUUGAAAUGCUUUUGUAUAUACAGUACAUUCAGAAAGUGUUCAGAACCUUAUUUUCCUGCAACAGCCCUAUUUCUCAUUGAUCGGCAAAAAAUCCUCUGUAAUAAAAAAAGAAUAAAAAUGCUUUCACAGAGUUUAAUAAUAAAAAACUCAUUAAAUUGACUCAGUACAUUGCUGAAGCAGCCUUGGCAGCAAUUACAGCAUUUUUGCUACAAGACCUUGGCACAAAAUGGUUUAGGAAUUUUCUCCCAUUCCUUUCUUCAGAACCGCUCUUUCAUGUCAGUAGCGCUAUUAAUCAGGUUUCUCUGUAAUUUGAUGCAUUCAUUGCAUUUGUGCAUUCAAGAUUAAUUUCCUUUGAUCUUGACAAGCUUCUCUAUUGCUGCUGUUAAAAAUCAUCCUCAUAGCACAGUGCUACCACCACCAGGCUUCAUUGUAGAAAUCAAAUUGGCCUGGUUUCCUUCAGAUGCAGCAAUCUUUCCAUUCAGGUCCAAGAGUUCAAGACUAGAUUACAAAAUCUUGUACUUUUUAGGUGCCUUUUUCUAUUUUUAAGUGAGCAGUUAUGUGUCUUUUGCUGACGAGUGGCUUUUUCGUCUGGCCACUCUUCCGCAAAGCCCUGAUUGGUGGCGCUGCAGAGCACUGUUUGUCCCUCUGGCGGGUUCUCCCAUCUCCACACAGGACCUCUGGAGGUUCUUGGUCACCUCCCUGACUAAAGCCGUUCUGCUCCUUUUAGUCAGUUUCACUGGGUGGCCAGUUAUAGAAAGGAGUGGGAUGCCAAACUUAUUCCAUUUAAGAAUGCUGGAAGUCACUGGAUCAGGAUCUUCAAAAUUUUUUGGUACCUUUUCCACAGCUCUGCUUUGACACAGUCCUGUUUUGGAGAUCUACAGACAAUUCCUUUGACUUCAUGGCUUGUUUUUUUCCUCUAACAUGCACUGUUACCUGUGAUGCUUCAAAUAGACACAGGUGUGCCUGCAGUCAUGUCCUGUCAGCUUAGUUUACCACAGGUGGGUUUAAGUCAAGUUGUAGAAACUCUUCAAUGAUGAUCAGUAGAAACAGGAUGCACCUGAGCUCAAUUUUAAGUGUCAUAGCAAAUGGUCUGGAAGUAAUAUUUCUGUAAAAGUAAUAUUUCAGUUUUUACUUGUAAUAAAUGUACAAAACUUUGUGAAAACCUGUGU